AUGGCUACCAAAACACUCCCAUUCUUGUUAACUCUCCUAUUUCUGCUUCAAUUCCACUCCUCGGUAGGGCAAAAUGCAGUUAGAGCUGGAUAUUGGUUUCCUGGCAGUGGAUUCCCAGUUUCCAGCAUAAAUUCCACCCUUUUCACUCACCUUUUCUGUGCAUUUGCUGAUCUUGAUCCCCAAACUAACCGAGUUGUCAUCUCAUCAGCAAACCAGGGUCAAUUCUCUACCUUCACACGAACUGUCCAACAGAAGAAUCCUUCAGUCAAGACCCUCUUAUCUAUCGGUGGAGGGAGUGCAGAUGAGGCUGCCUUUGCUAGAAUGGCAAGCCAAGCCAGUUCACGCAAAUCAUUCAUCGACUCUUCAAUCAAUUUAGCAAGGUCUAAUAACUUUCACGGCCUGGACCUCGACUGGGAGUAUCCAUCCACCACUAGUCAGAUGACCAACUUGGGCUUACUUCUUGCUGAAUGGAGAGUUGCUGUGGCUAUUGAGUCGAGGAGGACAGGCAACGCUACAUUGCUUCUAUCUGCAGCAGUUUUCCGCUCAUCAGAUUAUUACACCAUCGAUUAUCCAGUCAGGUCUAUAUCAAACAGCCUGGACUGGAUCAAUGUGAUGGCCUAUGACUUCUACGGUCCUGGUUGGUCAAAUGUGACAGGACCACCUGCUGCAUUAUACAACCCUGGGAAGACAUUGAGUGGGGAUUAUGGCAUCACAAGUUGGAUCCAGGCUGGUGUGGCAGCUAAUAAAAUAGUGCUUGGCUUUCCCUUCUAUGGCUGGGCUUGGACGCUUGCAAAUGCUAAUAACAAUGGCUUCUUCGCACCGACUGUUGGACCGGCUAUAUCGAAUGAUGGUGACAUAGGUUAUGCACAGAUCAACAAUUUCAUCGCUCAAAAUGGUGCGAGGGUACUUUACAAUUCGACUUUUGUUUCCAAUUAUUGCUACUCUGGGACAACAUGGAUUGGAUAUGACGAUAGGCAGAGUAUUUCCACGAAAGUCACAUAUGCCAAGAACAGAGGAUUACUCGGUUAUUUUGCCUGGCAUGUUGGUGCUGAUGACAAUUGGGCUCUUUCUCAACAAGCGGCAUCUACAUGGGGAGCAUAG